AUGGGAGGGACUCGAGCGAUGUAUAAAAACUCGAAAUCUUCUUCCAUCGACACUCAACUCUUCACGGUACUCCGUACAAGCAACAUGAAGUUCCUCGUACUCUCGGUGGCUUGCUUGGUAGCGUCGGCGGUAAGUUUGCCGUCAGCGAAUCGCCCAAGAAGAGAUAUUCUUCCCGGAGACCCGCGCUACGGCACUGAUUACCACCACCAUCAUCAUCAUCAUGAGCACCAUGAUAACACCAAUGUCCAGGUAGACAAGUCUGUUGGUAACUACGCUGGUACAGUCAACUCUCCUGCUCAGGGUUACGGACCUCCUGGAUACCAACCGGGUAACACAGUCGAGCCUGCUCCGACAUUUGAACUUCCAACUAUUCAGGUAAAUAGCUUCAAACCUGAAAUUCCCUCCACCAAUUACGGAAUACCAGUUCAACCACAAAACGACGGUGAUUAUCAAUAUUCUAUUUAUUAUAACCACCAACAACAACAGCAACAGCAGUACCAACAGCAAUACCAACAACAGUACCAACGGCCCCACCACGACGUUGAACAACAGCAACAGGAGAUCCGCUACACCCCGGCAAAAAGCUACGGUCCUCCUUCAGUAAGAGCAGCCCCAGAACCAGUCAAGGCCCCAGUGACCUCUUACGGAACUCCCGUGCAGAACAAACCCGUGGAAAUCGUCCAGAAUCGCGCUCCUCAACCUCAAGAUUACUCCGUCCAGAUUUUCCGAUCACAGCCGGUUAAGAUCAACUACCAAUCUCAGCCUGCCAAGGCUCCCACUCAAUCUCGUCCAGUUCAGAGCCACCCUCAGUCCGGAAACAAUGGUUACCACUACCAACCAACUCAACCAACCGUACAGCCAGCUCAUCAACCCACUCCAGUAUCCACCAACAACAACAACAACAACAACAACAACAACAAUGGCUAUCACCCACCACAAGCUCCUCAACCAGCUCCAACACCAGUUGCUCAACCAGCUCCAACACCAGUUGCUCUACCCACCAACAACAACCACGGUUACAACAACCACGGUUACAACUACCCGCAACCAGCUCCAGCUCCAACACCAGCUGCAAGACCAGCUCCAACACCAGUUCCAAGACCAGCUCAACCAACCAACACCAACAAUGGUUACCACUCCCACCCAGCACCCGCAACACCUUUUCAACCAGCUCCAGUACCAGCCGCUAAGCCAGGCAACACUUACUUGAACCCAAUUGAAAAGAAACCUACAACUACUGUACCAAGCUACCAACCACCAGCACAGCCCGCUCAACCAACCAACAAUGGUUACCACUACCACCCAGAACCAACACCAGUUCAACCAGCUCAACCAACUCGACCAAACAACGCAUACUUGACUCCAGUGGUUGAGGAGAAGAAAGCUCCGGUCCAAACCUACCACCCACAAUCCACCAACCAAUACUUGACUCCAGAGCCAAAAGGAGUCGCCUCAUACGUGGUCCACGACGAAGAAAAAGAGGACAACAACAAGCCAUCUUCUAAAUCUGCUUCUCAAAUCACUUUCCUUCGAGCUCCGUUGCAACAAUUCAUGCUACAAGGAGUCCCACAACCGUUUUCUUCAGGAUUUAUGGAAUUUCAAAACUUUGGAUUGCCAGGUGGUUUGCCAGGUGGUUUUCCCCAGUUCUCAUCGAACGAUUUUCCCCAAUUUGACCCAUCACAAAUCUUCCAAGACGCUAUCGACAACGUAUCUGGAUUCGUGAGCCAGCAGCCAGAAGCUGCCAGCGAAAAAGAGAGUGAGCCGACUCAACCGGUCGACGACAACGGAGGCUACGUAUACUAA